AUUGCUUAAUUUUUUAAACAGCAUCUCAAGGAAAAAAAUUCAUUUGGCCACCACCUAGUCAAAACAUGUAUUCGAACAACGAACCUGGUUCUAUAGUCCAUCACAUUCCCGGAGAAAUCCAAUGGAAUCCAUCAUCUCCUUCACAGAUGCGUAGAGGCCCAGUUUUUGCACCUCAAGAUCCAAGACCCGCUCGUCGUAGAACAGAUGAUAUUUGGCCACCGAGAAAUAAUGUAGGAACAGGAACCGUCUCUGCUCCUAUUCCUAAACCAGUCAAGAGAGUCGGUAGGUUCGAUGAUUACAUAAAACACACAGCUAGUAUUGGAGUACCAGUUACAUACAGAGCACCUCCCGGUACUCAAUAUGUUCAAUAUGUCGAAGAAGAAGUAGUCGAAGAGGAAGAAGUAGAGGAGGAAGAAGUCGAAGAAGAAGAGGAAGAUGAAUAAAAAUGUUAUUGUUUAUUUUUGUGUUUUAUUGUGCAAAUCGAACACUUAUCAAUCAUCUUUGAUAAUUUUAAUUUUUUUUUUCCUCUGUUGAAUCGCAACAACAGGGCAUCAGAUCCAGAGUACCAUCUGUCAAUCAUACAUGAGAUUUCCUGUCACCGAGCUGUUUAGAGUUUUCUGCUUUAUAUUUAAAAUGCUUUUUUAUAGUUUUGUCUGCAAUUGGCCAUUUAAAAUCCUUCUGCAAUUUAAAAAAAUCUUCUCUUACAUAAAUAUGGAAACGAUAGCUUCGAAAUGAUUGAUGGGCUGUGAUAUAUGGACGUUACAGAUUUAAAUAAA